CAAAUGGCGUCGCUACAAGAAACAUUCACGUUCGUUGCUGCUAAAUUCAAUAUUCCAGCCUUUAACUCUCUUCAGAAGAAGGCUAUACAAAUAAUCAUCGAUCACAAAAAAGAUGUAUUGGUGAAUUUGCCCACUGGGUUUGGAAAAUCGCUGAUAUAUCAAGCGUUACCGAUCGACUAUUUGGAGGUUCUAGUUCUGAGAGUACAGGCCACAUGGUCAAUUUUGAAGAGAUCAAAGAGAGCCCACAUACGGUACAUUGUGCAUUGCAUGGAAAAAGGAGCUGGCCACGAGGAAUACUUUAGUUGGCUGACCGAACAGCUAAGGAUUGAAAAAGAGAAAUCAACCAGAACAAUUUUUUACUGCCAAACGAAAAAUCAGUGUGGUAUAAUCUAUGCGGUUAUAAGAGGUCUUCUAGGGAAGGAGAACAUGCACAGCACCACAGGGUCCCCACUUGUUGAGAUGCUGCAUUCAUGUACUCCACAUGCAAACAAGCAGAACAUUUUGGAUUCCUUUAGCCAGCAAGAUGGAACUGUAAGACUCCUCAUUGCCACAAUUGCUUUUGGCAUGGGAGUCGACUGCAAAGGGGUCAAGAGAGUAAUACACUAUGGUCCAUCCAAGAGUGUGGAGGCUUAUAUCCAAGAAACAGGUCGCGCUGGAAGGAUGGCAGCAACAGCGUGGCCUAUCUACUCUAAUCAUGGUGUUCUUCUGAGUCAUGUUGAUGCAGAUAUGAAAGAUUUUGUUAAGGCAAUAAAUUGUAGAAGGCAAAAUCUUAUGAAUCAUUUAAAUGAGGACUUUGAGGAGUUUACUAUAUCACACUUGUAUUGUGUUGUCUGUGCAGCAUCAUGUAAUUGCGGAAAGGAAGGCUGCAAAGAUGUUGGGUCCUACCCAAUAAACUAUCAAGAAGUUUAGGCUACUGGUCCUGGGAGAACCGUUUUAGAGGGUCAGAAGAAACUUGUCAAAGAUGCACUGGAAACAACAAACAACUUGUAAUGAGCAUGCUGAACACUGCAGCAAAUAGGGAAAUAAAAGCACUGACUGAUCUUCACUUCAUGUUAGGAUUUUCAGAUCAUCAGAUUUCCCAAGUCUUACAACACCUAGAACAUAUUUCUUCUUUGUCGGAUGUCAUGCAUUUGGUUGAGAUCUGGGACAGGAAACAUGCACUGAAAAUUAUUUCUAUAAUUUCUGCAGUUUUCGGUGACAUGCCAUAUGAGAUAAGUGUUCAUGAUGAGGGAAGAGAGACCGGCUAUUACUUUGAUGAUGAUUUCUUGGAUGAGUGGAAUGAGGUGUUUCAGGAUGAUGAACUAUUUGACAUGUCGUUGUCACAACUAGAGGCAUCGACGUCCCAGCUAGAGGAGUCCCAUGACGACUCGAGGGAUCCAGCAGAUGAGGAAAUGCCUCCGGAUGUCUUAGCUGCACUUGAUGGUAUUUAACAGAUUUAUUUAUGAUUACAUAUUUGCAGAGCACAGAUAUUGAAUAGGAAAUAGUGAUCUUAAAUGUGCAAUGGCCAUAAUGGCGUAUUUUUGUCUUUUAUUUUUUUUUUUUGCUUAAAAAUCAAUAUCUUACUACUGUUUGCUGUUUGGAAAUAAGUGUACUGAAGCAUAAGAAAUCUCUUGUUUGCUGUAGACUAUUUAAUAAAAAAAAAAUCCAUGGUUUUUGUGACAUGGGUGUUGAAAUAGGAAUAUAUUUUGUAGUAACAUUGUCAUAAUAUUGAAAAAUUGAAAUGGAUUCGCAUAGUGCAAGCUGGUUGAAAUACUGAAGGUGUAGUAUACUUAUACAAUAAAACACCAGGGAAAGGUUAUCUUUUUAAAUAGUUUAUUUUCUAAUCCAUUCAUGUAUCAAUCUGUAUAUAAAAACAAUGAUCCUAUUAAUGCUUCUAGGCAUUAUGUUCACAACUAGUACAUUCAUUUUAUUUCUAAAAGUUUCCAAAUAUUCUUGUUUUCUAUAUCAUUUUUUGGAAAGUGAGAUGUUAGUUACCUUGGCCUCUUUGACAGUUUUGUGAAGUAAACAGAUUAAAACCAAUGAGGAUAAGAGAAACAUAUAAUUGAAAUGAACUUUACUUUCCUAGCCGUAACAGUUGCAUAAAUGCACACCAGAGUGCAACUGAAUCCUCCUGUGAUUCUCACAUGGUAAUCGGUUAUUUUUCUAUAAACCUUGCACUGGUGGUCAUUGCAGCUAGCAUUGCUCUUUUUAAACAAGGACCCGCACUAUAAAAGGGCCUGGACCAGGUCCACGAAAGGCUCAGUUGUGCUUAGUAAACUGCUAGGCGGUGCGGAGCUCCAGAGUUCAGUCAAGCAUGUCUUGUUUACCCACCAGGAGCGAAACCCAAACAACUUUUAAAGCGCUUUUCUUCUCGUUUCCUCGGCUUAUUUUCUCUUGGGUAAUAACAAUGAAUAGCCCAUCAAAAAAGCCGGAAUGUGCAGUAAAAAUUAGUUCAAAUUAUUAACGAUAACAUAACUAAAAAGUCUCACUACCGACGCAAUGUUACGGCAUUUUGUCAUCUUGAAUUUUUUUUAAUUUUAUUCAGCCGAAAGGGGGCGGAGCUGAGCCCUUUUAUAUUGCGGGUCCUUGUUUAAAAGGAUGUAUUAUCUUACUAUAAAUUGACAGUUAUUCUAACACAACAGUAAAUUAGUUUCAUUGGAUGGCCUUGAAAAAAAUAAAUGGUGUAGCUAGUUCAGUGAGAAAACUAAGUAGUCUGUGUCAACAUGGAAAUAAACAUGAACAACAAUAACAACAUGUGUUUGAAAGUCAUGUAUAAUGCUAUAGAAAACAUAUUGUUAGUUUUGUUGAGUUUCGACUAUUUGUUGGUAUUGAUGGUGGACACUCACUAGUUUUCCGUGUCAUUUAAUUUAAUUUCAGAGUUUGUUUCUAUUUUACUGAGGUGCAAGGACAUCAAAAUAAAAGUAAAAAAUGAAGAUUGAAUGGGUGGCAUAUAAUCUUUGCACCAAGAUUGCCAAAAAGCAUCUCUUUAGCAAGUUAUCCUUCCAAGGAUGUAAUUGGCCCCUAGCAGAGCAUACAAAAA